CGUGAUUGGUCAGAUUGUGUUGCGUUUUGUGUUGUUGUCUGCGGACUUCCUUAGCUUGCUAACCUUAAAGGUUGCCAGAGUGGUUACUUUACGUGUCGUUAGUAAUUUACUUCACCGGUGGCUGAAGUAACAUUUUCUACAUCAGCAGCUACAUUUCCUGUCGAGGAUAUUCUUUGAAACGAUCACAACAUAUCACAUUCACAUCUGCGUCGACCCAACUGUGAAGACAGGUUGUGUGGAGAAGGGUUGGUGAGCAACCCUGAUCAUGGCCACAGUUCAUCAUACAGGGUGCCCUCUCAGAGAUUCUUUUUACUGGGAUGAAACAGAAUGUCUCAACUAUUAUGGGAUGCUUUCUCUCCAAGAGGUUUUUGAAAUAGUUGGUUCUCAAAUGACUGAGAUGGACAUUGAGGUACUCACUUUCUUUUUGAAUGAAACCUGCCCUAUACAACACCCACUUGAUCCAGCAGGAUGGACAGUUGACCCCCGUGAGGUUGAUCCAGAUGAGCCGGAUGUAUCUACAAGUCCAGAGCUGCUAAAGGCCUGGAGACGACUACAGUCUCAAGGUUUCCCAUGGAAUGUGGCUCCAUACAAACCCAGAAGUGGUGUUGAGCUGCUGCUUGAGAUGGAGAGGCGAGGUUACAUUAGUGAUGGCAACCUAGAGCCACUACUGCAACUGCUGAGGAUCCUCACGCGUCAUGAUCUGCUACCUUUUGUGUCUUGCAAGAAACGGCGUACAGCUGUUGACCCCUCCAUGCCUGUUCCUGGCCCCAGGAGGAGGAGGAGAAAGAGAGGCCAUGGCUGGACCCGCAGACCCAAAAGAACAAAACAGAGCCAACCACAUCCUUCACCUCCACCACCACCACCACCACAUAAAGUGUCCUGCGAUGUCCGGCUGCGUGUCAGGGCUGAAUACCUGGAGCACGAGUCGGCACUGCGCAAUGGUGUGGCUUCUCACAAAAGACAGCCGUUGGAGCGACAGUUUGAGUUGUUCAGCCAAGCCAACUCUCUACUACGUGCCAGAGAUCUGGGUUCCAUCGUCUGCGAGAUUAAGUUCACAGAGCUGAUCAACCUGGAGGCCUUCUGGGGAGACUAUCUAAGCGGAGCCCUGCUGGAGGCCCUGAAAGGGGUUUUCAUUACGGACUCCUUGAGGACGGCAGCGGGUGCAGAGGGUGUACGACUGCUGAUCAGCGUGGACCAGGAUGACUACGAGGAAGGCCGAAGGGUGCUGAGAGCUCAAAGAAUGCCGUAAUCCAAACAUGGUGGGCACAAAGGAAUUCACUUGGCUUUAUAGUACGCUGGGACUUUUGGGGUUUAUUAUAUUAAUGUUAAAGCAUGUACAUGUACAAUAUUAAUUAUACCCGUGAGAUUAUUUGUAAGCAGUUAUUUUUGUCAUCCUGUGUAAUCCAUGUAAUAACCAGUAGAUGGCAGCACUUACCAUUGAUUUUGUUCAUAAUGGUCCCAUCUUUUUCAGAAAAGUCACAUUUCAGAUCAUUCUUAAUGAAACCUGAGUCAGAAAUUUAAUAAAAGUGAUUUUCCCUAUUGGGACUGAUGCAUAGGUACCACUUGUUAGGACUCCAGGAUGAAGGAGAGAUGGGAGAGAAUGCCCAUUAUUCUAGUUUCAGAAGAGGAGAGGAGCAUGUCGGUGCUCAUAAUGUCCGUCUG